UUGGGGCAGUUUACGUGUGAAAUAGAACAAGAAGAAGAAGAAGAACAAGAGGAUGAACAGGAAGAAGAAGGAGAAGAAGAUCAAGAAGAAGAAGAAACAGAAAUCUUGGACAGUGUUGGUAAAACGAGUCUAGUUGUCCGUUACAUCGGCAAAAUGUUCUCAAAACACAUCUCUCCGACCAUCGGCGCCUCCUUCUUCACCUGUAACAUCAAUUUGGAAGAUUCCAGAGUAAAAUUACAGGUCUGGGAUACAGCGGGUCAGGAGCGUUUCCGGUCCAUGGCUCCCAUGUACUAUAGGAACGCUAACGCGGCGUUACUCGUUUAUGACAUCACCAGCGCGAACAGCUUCGCGUCCAUCAAGAGUUGGGUCAAGGAAUUACAGAGUAACAUCGGUGAUCCAAUAGUAUUAUCGUUAGUGGGUAACAAAUCGGAUUUGGAGUGUCACCGCGCGGUUGGUACGUCGGAAGCUGCUCAGUACGCAGCGGAGAUAGGAGCGGCAUACUGUGAGACGUCUGCCUUACACGAUCAGGGUAUAGAUCAGGUGUUUCUGAACACAGCGUCUGAACUCCUCAAACUAUCAAACACGAGCCUGGUGUCAUCACUACGGUCAUAUGACUCAAAUGAUGAAGACAAAAUACCUAUAGGAUCACCUACAGAAGAAAAAGCAACACAUAUGGGAAAAGUUGAGUUACCGGCUUGGAAGACGGACAAAGUCGGGGAACUACAACGUAGUAUGUGCUGUUAA